ACUUCAAACCGUUGCCAGCUGUAACUAAGCUGCGCCACGACGCGUCUCAUCAACCAACUCAUCCAUCAGCAACCGUGUUUCGACAUCCAACCAACUUCAACCAACCUCAAUCUUGAAAUUUCCAGACUCAACAACCUCCCUAACUAGGUAACUCUCCAUGGACCCGCCAACAACAAAUUCACCACCAUGACGUCGCCCAAGACCGGUCCCACGACACGGGGCCUCCACGUCCUAUACAUACCCGCCGUGUGCGCCUUGAUCGCCUUCCAGGGUUAUUUCUCGCAAUACCUCUUCAGCGCCGACCCAGAGCUCGCCCCCGGACCCCUGACCCGCCGAGAGAGCCUCACCUUCAACACCCUCCUCGCCUGCGUCUGGGUGACCUACUACUUCGCCUGCACCGUCGACCCGGGCCGCUACCACUUCCCCCCCUCAUCCACCAAAACCACCACCACCACUUCUUCCCCAACCGACCCCGACCUCCUCCGCCCAACAUCAACCUCCACCACCCCCCCAACCCGCCGGCACUGCAAAAAAUGCGCCCACCCCAAGCCCCUCCGCGCGCACCACUGCCGCCACUGCAACCGGUGCAUCCCCAAAAUGGACCACCACUGCCCGUGGACAGGCACCUGCGUCUCACUGCAAACCUUCCCCUCCUUCCUGCGCUUCCUGCUGUACACCAACCUCGCGCUCUGGUACCUCACCACCCUCCUCUGGCAGCGCCUCGCCGCCGUCUGGAGCGCGCGCCACCUGCCAGCCUACCUGGGCCCGUCCGCGGUGGGACUGGUCGGGUUGGUGGCGCUGGUGGUGGUGAAUGGGAUGACGGUGGUGGCGCUGGGGGUGAUGCUGUAUACGACGGUGCGGGGGUGGGUGUUUAAUUGUACGCUGAUUGAGGAGUGGGAGGUGGAGCGGCAUGAGGCGGUGUUGGGGCGGAUGGCGAAGAUGGGGGGUGGUGGUGGUGGUGGUGGUGGUGAUGGGGAGGGGGAGGGGGAUGGGGGGUUGUUUUGGGGGGAUGGUGAUGCGGCGAUGAGGCAGGCGCUGGCGCGGAUUGAGUAUCCGUAUGAUUUGGGCGUUUUUGCCAAUAUGGCGCAGGCGAUGGGGACGCGGAAUGUGUUGAGGUGGUUUUUGCCCGUGUUUGGGGGCGGGCCGGUGGUGGAUAAUAAGACACCCGGGAAGGGGGUGGGGUGGGAGUGGGAGGAGAAUGGGUUUAAUGAUUUGCCCGGGCUGUGGCCGCCGCCGGAUCCGGAGAAGAUGAGGCAGGAGAGGCGGGGUGCGUGGCCGGGCGCGGGGCUGCAGCGAGAUGAGGCGUACGAUGCGUAUCAGACGCAGGAGGAGGUGAAGGCCGCGUUUGCGAGGCGGCAAGAGGAGGACUUGUUGAGGAGGCAGCACGGCCGGGCGCCGCAGGGGCAUCAGCCGUCCGGGAUCAUUGCCGAGCUGGAAGAGUGGGAUGGGGACGACCACAGCGAAGGCUACGAGGUGGUCGGCGAGCCGUUGUGGACAAACUCCGACGGCGACCGGCUAUGGGACUACGGGGUGGACGAGGAUGUCGAGGAGGAGAUCAUACCUGCGCGGGGCGAUGACGAGGAUGUCCCCUUGGCUGAGCUGAUCCGGAGGCGUAAGGUCCGAACAAGGGAGGACGAUGUGUGAAGACGCUCGAUUUAACACCCCCUGACAUUCGAGCAUCCAAAUGAAACAAAACCAGCAGACAUCAAACCGGCCGUCAUAUAGAUAGAGUUACAAGGCCCAUUUACACAAAAAGU